AUGCUUACACGGACCGCCCAGAGCCACUCGGUGCUUCUUGCGGUGCUAUGCAUGCUCAGCGCACCUCUUAUCGCUGCCGGUGAGGAUGCCCUGGCAACAUUCGGGGACACUGUCCCCGUUCUCGGGCAGCGUCAGAUGGAACGGACGGAUCAAGACUUUGUCGACGGCCUUGCUCUCGAUCUCUUCUCGCCGGUCAACCGCACACUAGUUGUGACCAACAACACGUCGCCGCUCCCGGGAAAUUUUGUCACAGGUAGCUCCGGCGAAGGCUUUGUCAACCUCUCCAAGUAUAGCUGGAUUGUCAAGUUCAACGAAAGCGCCCAAGACCUCAUUGCCAAGAUCGAGGUGCCGUACGAUCCAUCUGCCCUCAAGGAACAAGGGAUAGACGUAUCGAACACUUAUGUCGGAACGCUCGCCGCAGACGGCAAGUCGUGGAUGGUGUCAGAAGCUCAGAGAAACGUACACAUAUCCGAGAACAAGACCCGGAUCAUCAAGAUGACUUCGCUCGACGGAGAAUAUAUGCUCCUAGGCCGCAAGUCGGAAGACACGACGAACAUCUUUGUGCAAUACGGACAAGGUGCCACUCGAACCGUCAACGCCACCGAGGGCGAUAGGUUCCAGGAAGCCGAAUUCGUAGACGGGCUGCGCUUCAAAAUCAAGUCGGCACAGUCCUUUCCGAUGAAUGUGGAUCUUGCAAAUGGGGUGGACAAAGCGUCGCUACCAGAGAACACGAUAUCGCUAAAUUCAUUCGCGUGGGUCGUCAACUCGACGAAUCCGGCCGGCAAUACCCUUGAUGUGGCCAUGCGAUUCCCAUACAAUGAAGCCAUACUAUCAAGCAAAGCUCCAGGAAGCACGCCCAAGCAACUCGAUGUCGCAAGACGGCGACUAAACCCAGACCCAACGGAACAAUUUCAAGUAGUGGGCAAGCAAGAGCUCGCUCAAUCAGAGAACCGAAUCAAGGUAUCUGACUUAUCCCAAGCAGACGGACAAUAUGUCAUCUUGGUCAGAAGUAACAAGUAG